AUGGCCCAAUGUGCUGACAAGGUCAUAACCGUUACCCGGCAGGCAGCGGCUUUUUUUCACCAGUCCCUGGACGUUCCGCAGCAUAAAAUAAAAACGAUUUACAAUGGGAUCUUGGAACCUGCUGCCAAAGGGCCAUCUGACAGGGAAGCCAUUCGCGUAAAAUACGGAUUCACAGAAAAUGAACAGAUUAUUUUGUUUUCCGGCCGGGUAAAAAAAGAGAAAGGGCUGGCUGGGGUGAUAAGGGCAUUUAAAAUUGCCGCGUUGCUGCACAAUAAUGUCCGCUUGCUGGUGGCGGGCUAUGGGGAUUUUGCCGAUUUUAUCGAGAUGGCCCGACCCUGCUGGAGCAAAAUAGUGUUUACCGGCGAACUCACCCCUGAAGAGAUGACGGAAUUAUACAGUAUCGCCUGCAUCGGAAUAUUGCCCUCCCUGUUUGAGCAAUGCAGUUUUACCGCCAUUGAAAUGCGUUUUCACCAGCUGCCCAUGAUCGUCAGCAAUGUGGAUGGCCUGGGUGAGGUUUUUGAAGAUGGAAAAGAUGCUUUGGUUGUACCGGUAGUAUUAGAUGCUGAUGGUACCAGAAAGCUGGAAGAUAAACCCAUCACUGAAGCAUUGUUGCGUCUGCUGUCCGAUGGCGCCUUGCGCCAGCAAUUGGCAGCGAAUGGGUUGAAAAAAGCGAGGGCCCUGUUUUCAGCAGCAGCUAUGCAGGCUGCCUACCUGCAGCAAAUCCACGCAUUACAGCAACAGGCCCAGGCUGUUUUGAAGGAGGAUUUGACAGUGGAAUGCCUGGCCAGUACCGGAUUUGAUCAACCUGUACAAUAA